CUGAGAGCAUUUAUAACCUCAUACCCAGUGACCGGAAGGAGCCUCCCCAGCCUCCUAGAACCACAAUGAACGCCAAGCAGAAAGAAGAAAAAGAAGGAGCAGGAGGAGGGGAAGAAGACCAUACCAAGGGACAUUACAAUCAAAUUUCUUAAAACCAGUAAUAAAGGGAAAAGUCUUAAAAACAGCCAAAGAUAAAAGAAACGUUAAAUGCAAAGAAGAUAGCAAAUAUCUCAUCAGAAACAAUGGAAUCCAGAUGUUAAAAAGUCCUUAAUGCACAAGAAAGGAUACAAGUUGGAAAUUUGGAUCUGCAUAAUGAAAUAAAGAACACUGGAAAUGGCAAAUACAUGGGUACGUAUCCAUUUUUAAGGCCUCUAUUAAAGAUAACACGCAAAAAUGUAAAGCUGCAAUGAAGACUAUGGGGCCACCAAAAGUCGAACUACCUUCUCCAAAGAAUUUCCUGAAGAAACAUUCAAUGGAAAAAACUCUACCACCCAAAAAAAAGUUUGAUCGGAAUGAGCCCAGAAAGCCUCCUGUGCCACUGAGAACUGAUCAUCCAGUCAUGGGAAUACGAAGCGAAAAAAAUUUUAUAAACACAAAUGCAGCCAAUGUCAUUCUGGGAGUGACUAAGAAGCCUAAACCAAUUUAUGUUGACAAAAAAUCUGGAGAUAAGCAUGAUCUUGAAACUUCAGGACUAUUUCCAAAAUACAUCAAUAAAAAGGAUUACGGUGUCACACCUGAGUAUAUAUGUAAGCGAAAUGAGGAAGUAAAGAAAGCCCAAGAAGAAUAUGAUAACUAUAUCCAGGAAAACCUUAGGAAAGCAGCUAUGAAAAGGAUUUCUGAUGAAGAAAGGGAGGCAGUUCUUCAGGGGCUGAAGAAGAACUGGGAAGAGGUACAUAAGGAGUUCCAGUCCCUCUCUGUGUUCAUCGAUUCCAUACCGAAGAAGAUUCGCAAGCAGAAGCUGGAAGAAGAAAUGAAGCAGCUGGAACAUGACAUCGGUGUCAUUGAAAAGCACAGAAUUAUUUACAUUGCCAAUAAGUAAUAACGGAUUUCUAAAAUAGAGUCAUUUUCACAUAGGAAAAAGCCCGCUGGAAAACAUAAACAUGAAACUUUGCUUUUCAAAAAGGAAAAUACUCUGAAAGAGAAUAAAAAUAGUUUUUACCGAAAUGCUUAGGCAAUGUUUAAAGGAUAAUUGAAUUAUUCUGCUUACAUGAGGGAAAAUUCUGUUUUUACCAGCGUUACGUUUUCUAAGCAUGAAGUUUGAUGUUGCGUGUUCCAACUUGUAGUAUAAUCCAUUAUUAUUAUGUACUUGUUUCACAUAAAUAUUAAUUUCCGGGCCCCAAAGAAUAAAGCCAGCACUAGGAACUUCCGAUUUUUUCUACACUGCACGAUACAAAGAACACAACAUUAAAAACUUAAGUAUUUUGAAUUGGAAAUAGUGGCAUAUGCUUUCUUGCUUCUCCAGUGUUCUUGGCAUAUUUUUCCAGAACCGCCCACGUUUAGCAGUGUAUAUUCUAGGAUAGCCUAUGUCAUUUCCAACCAUUCCCAACUGCAAAUAUUUUCAAUGUCUAUAAUGCUAUAUAUGCCGAAGGGCUUAUAUUUCAAGGAAGAAAAAUGAAGAAGGCAGCAUAAAAUCAAGAACACAAUUUACAAAAUGCAUCACUGAGGAUAAUCAAAGAGAAUAACUUUCUUCCAAGCAUACCAACUUUUAAAAACUUUGCUAUUCACUGUAAGUGCUUUACUCCAUAAUUCAUUAUAUGUGUUGCACUGAAAUGGGAUGUUGCUUUUUCUUUUUGGUCCUAGGUAUCUAUUUUUUGAAUUCUAAUGUUUCUAUUUGUAAGAUUAAUUUAUUAAGCAAUAAAUUUAUGUGAGUA